AUGUCGUCACCAAACACAAGCACUGCAAGCGUCGAUAUUGAUGCUAUCGAGGCUGUCAAAUACAAUACAGUUCUGUUUGUUGAAGUCUGGAGCUUCGUAAUAUUUUUCCUUGGUACAGUUGGUCAUAUCUUAAGUAUAUAUGUGUUUACACGCCGCUCACUUCGAUCAAAUGCAUGUUCACAAUAUUUUUUGGCGUCAGCAGUGGCCGGUUUGGGCGUUGUCUAUAUUAAUAUACCUCUACGUUUUCUUCAAUCUGUGUUCAAUAUUGAUGUUUUUGCAAGCUCAGAUGUAAUGUGUAGAAUUUUAAAUUGGCUUUUAAAUUGGAUAAAAGCCACACCACUAUGGAUUGUUGUACUUGCUUGUGCCGAUAGGUUUCUGAGCAGUUCAUCUUCUGCUACUACUCGUGGAUGGAGUAGUACUCGUGUUAUUAUUCCUGCUACUUCGGUUACGAUUUUUCUUGUUGGUCUGUCUUAUAUAUAUCUCCUCAUCUAUUCACGUGGAAUCGCAGGACCAGCCUGUAUUAUACUUCCAGAAACUUACAGAGUAUUUAAUAACAUUUUUAAUUUAAUCGUUUUUGUUAUGGGUCCAUCUGGCAGCAUGUUGACUUUUGGGUUACUUACCAUACGAAAUAUUCGUCAAAGUGUGAAACGAGUUCUACCUAAUAAUAUUCCUAUUCAAGCUCAACUUCAGACUCAAAACAAACCGCAAUAA